GUGAAUUUUAUGGGUUAAAAGGAAUUUAUUUAACAAAUUAAUAAAUAAAUAAAUAAGGAGGGAAAAGAAAAUAAAAGUUAAAAAGGCAGAGAAUAGUUGCGAGGAAUUAUAGUAUUAUGGUUUUCAUAGAGAUGCGGCAGGUUUUUGUGUGAGAGUUUUCAACUUUCACUUUCUCGGGAAAAUUUGUUGGAACUCAUCAAUGAAUUGAGAUUUUACUUAGCUUUUUCCCAAUCAAAAAUUAUUUCAAUCCAAAAAUAUUUAUUAAUUCAGCUGAGAAUUUUUAUACGACUGAAACACCAAAUUUACAAAAGAGAUUUUUGUGGUCCCCAACUCUCCCACAAAGAAGAUGGGGACGCGAACCCAGCAACCGAGCCGAGCAGACGACGACGACGACGUUCCCGGAGGCCGUGGAACCACAGUCUCCGGGCAGUCCGUUUCGAUGAGCGGGAGUGUUGGGUCGCCUUCUAGCCGCAGCGAGCAGACCAUGGCCACACCCGUCAGCGAUAACACUUUCCUCAGAUUGAACCAUCUUGACAUUCAUGGUGACGAUGCUGGCUCCCAAGGGGCCGUUGCCAGUAGCAAGAAGAAAAAAAGAGGUCAACGGGCUGUCGGAGGUGAUAAGAGUGGAAGGGGACUCCGCCAAUUCAGCAUGAAAGUGUGUGAGAAAGUAGAAAGCAAGGGAAGGACAACUUACAACGAGGUUGCAGAUGAACUAGUUGCGGAGUUUGCUGACCCUGGCAAUAGUGUUACAUCCCCAGAUCAGCAACAAUAUGAUGAGAAAAAUAUUCGUCGGAGGGUAUAUGAUGCUUUGAAUGUUCUUAUGGCAAUGGAUAUAAUAUCAAAGGAUAAAAAGGAAAUACAAUGGAAGGGUCUGCCUCGUACCAGCCUGAAUGAUAUCGAAGAACUAAAGAAUGAGCGGCUUGGCCUGAGAAAUCGGAUUGAAAAGAAAGCUGCCUAUUUGCAGGAACUGGAGGAACAGUUUGUAGGUCUUCAGAACCUGAUACAACGAAAUGAACAAUUGUACAGUUCUGGAAAUGCUCCCAGUGGUGGUGUGGCAUUACCUUUUAUUCUUGUGCAAACUCGCCCUCAUGCAACUGUUGAGGUGGAAAUAUCAGAAGAUAUGCAACUCGUGCAUUUUGAUUUCAAUAGCACCCCUUUUGAGCUACAUGAUGAUAAUUAUGUUCUAAAGGCGAUGAAAUUCUGUGAAAGACCCCAGAGCGAUGAUAUGACACAAAAUUUUGUUGCCGACGGGGGUGAAGGUUCUAGCAUGUCAGGUAUGUACCAGUCGCAGAUACCACUUCCUUCAAUGGCAAACACGCCGGUUAGGGCUCCCACAUCACCACCUCUACCAGGGAUACUAAAAGCACGAGUAAAGCAUGAGCAUCAAUAAGAAGUUAUAGAGCUUGAUGAUUUGCCAUGGGAGACUUAUUAGAGCAUCUGUAUAUUGUGUAGAGUAAUUUGCCAGAAGUGAAAUGACCGCUUGACCAUUCUCAUUAGAUUUUGCCUGUAGUUUGGAUAUAGUUUUAGGUCACAAGCAGAUGAGGUCUCAAUUUGCUUUUGAGAGACCCUGUGGAGUCGAGGCCUGUAGGCCAUGGCAGAUUCUUUGCUUUAUAUUAUGUCUAUCAUGUGCUAUUGUAAUAUUGCUUCUUCUUUUUUUUUUUUUUUCGGUGGGGGUUCAUUUUACCCCCUGUUUUUUAGUCCUCGUUGUGGUAGAAAUUAUAAUGUUAGUAGUUCCCCUAGAGAACGGAUUGUUUCAACUACAAAUAGAAUCACAGAAUUUAUUCGAACAUUAA